AUGCAAAGUUCAGAGGGUUUUGCAAGGAGCUGUUUCUGCUUUUUCUCUUACUCGAGUGUUGGAAGCGGGAAAGAGAUGCAUCCUUACUCUAUGACUCUAAUCAGGCAAAUACUGAGAACUGAAGCUGCAGCAGAGGGAGAGAGAUCUGCAAUGGCUAUGGGAGAGGGAGAGGCAGUGGUGGCAUGCAGUGACCAGAGCAUGAAAAUAGGGGCGUCGAUGUGGGACUUGGAAACGGGAGAAAAACUGCUUCAUAUUCCAUCCUGUGCCUCGCCACCUUUGGGCUUCUUGUGCCUCAGAAACCGCUUCCUCGUGGCUUCACAGGUGAACAGACACGGCUCUGUUGGCGAUGGAACCAUUGCAGUUUGGUCCCUCAACAAGCCUCAACAUCCACUGUUGAACUACACGGUGGAGGCUAUUGGGGCACUUUCUUGUACGAAUGAUGGCAUAUAUCUUGUUGGAGGAGCUUUGUCUGGAAAUGCUUAUCUAUGGGAUGUGAUUAGUGGAAAAUUGCUGAAGACUUGGAAGGCUCAUAACAAAUCCUUAAACUGCAUGUUAUUUUCACAUGACAAUUCUCUUCUCAUUUCUAGUUCAGAUGAUGGAAUGAUAUGUGUUUGGGAUUUUCUCUCAGGAAAGCAUAUUCAAACUCAAGUUUAUCCUUUGGCCAUAACUUCCAUUGCCCUUCACCAAAGUGAAAGUCUUUUAUUUUGCGGAACGGAAAAAGCAACAAUAUUUGUCAACAACCUUGAUUUUGGUCGGGGCGAAGGUCCUUUUGUUGUUACUGAAGGCCAACCACUUGAAUUGAAAGGACACAAUGGAGCCAUUACUGCCUUAACCGUAUCUCGGUCAUGCCUAAUAUCUGCCUCUGAAGAUUGCUCGAUUUGCGUUUGGGAUAUCUUCAGUUGGGAAAUCCUUCGAAGGUUUAGUCUCCAAAAAGAAAGAUGUACCUACAGUCACAACCAUGCAGAUGAAAGUGGAAACAAGUAUAGAGAGUCGUGUAUGGGCAACAAACAUGACAAAGCAUGUCAUGGUGAUAAACAAACAAUUGAAGUCACAACUAUUAGACUUGAUGCAACAUAG